CUUUCCCAACGACCAUCAUUCUCGCCACUUCCUCCACAACAGCAAAUCGACCCACAAUGUCUCUCUUCCAAAGCUUCCGCAACCUCCCCCAAAAAACUCGCAUCGGAGUCGGGCUAGCUUUUCUCGCAUGGGGCGCAGUUGGCCUCUACAUAUCAGACACCGCGGAGAAGAAGCUAGGAUUCGAACCUAGUCAGAAGGAUAAAGAUGCUUUGGAAGCUGUGGUCCCGAAGAUUACGCUGGUGGAGCGAGAUGGGGAGAGCUAAGAGCAGAUGGAAGACAUCAGACAAAAUAUCCGUUGGCUACAAUGAGAAAACGCUGGAUGGAAUUGGGGUGAUUGAC